AUGGCGAGACUCUACGUCAAGCCUGCGAGAGAUGUAAAAAGCUACCCAGAGAUUGCCCACAUCACUGUUAGACUGAUGAAGUCCUGGAAUGUUAGACCUAAUGGGGCACUCCCAAGUGAUACUCAUAAGAAUCCAAUUGAACAAGUUCAAGCAAUUAAUCUAAGAAGUGAGAAAGCAUUGGAGGAGGUGCCACCUAAAAAGUAUGCGUCUAAAGAAGUUUUUGAAAGAUUGGUACCUCAACCAAAGGUAGAAGUUGAAAAGAAAGAUAAUAAACAUAGGCAGGGAAUAAAGGUAAGGCCACCACUGCCUUUUCUUCAAUGGUUGCAAAAGUCGAAAGAUGAGUCCAAGUAUAAAACGUUCUUAUAUAUCUUGAGCCAGGUGCGGAUGAAUUUACCUUUGAUAGAGGUGCUGCAAGAAGUUCCUAGAUAUGCCAAAUACUUGAGAGAUAUUGUGGCCAACAAAAGAAGGUUGACAGAGUUUGAAACGGUUGCACUUACUAAGGAGUGCAGUGCUAGAGUACAAAGUAAUAUCCCGCUUAAGUUGAAAGAUCUAGGUUGUUUUACAAUUCCCUUGGUGAUUGGAAAAUAUAAGGUUGGUAGAGCCUUGUGUGAUCUGGGAGCGAGAAUUUAUUUGAUGCCACUAUCAGUAUUCAAGCAGUUUGAAUUGGGAACACCUAGGCCUACUACUAUAACUCUACAGCUAAUAGAUCGGUCAUUAGCAGUGCUUGAAUGA